CAGCAAAAACGUUAAGCAAACUGGCGCGCAUGCGUUGUAAAUUGUAUAUUUAAAUUGCCAGCCAACACAAAUGCACCACAAAAGCGCUUGCAACGCAGUUUUUAUAUCGGCGCAUUGAAACCGCCGCAGACUGCGUGCGCAGCUAUAGCAUCAGCUGCAUUUGCCACUAGCGGCAAUAACCACAACAACAACAACAACCAGCACCACAAGUGGCAGCUAAGUACAGCACGCAAUUACCCGCACCGCUUUUGUGGCACAAGUGGAGUUGCGUCGUCAGCAUUUGAUCGCGCGCAUCUUCGAGCACUACCACCAACCAGCACCACCGCCACCGAACAACGUUGCUGCAGCCUUAUCUUCCUCUUGACCUGCAUGAUGGGUACAAUACGUCAAAUAAAACCGGCUUCAUUUCCACCGCCUGCCUUCAAAACAACUUCGCAAGCGACUGGAACUUCAGCUGUGCCAACCGCUACGAGAACGUCAAACAGGAAUUCAGCUUCAAAUGCGUUGAGUAAAUGUAGUGCAAAUGUUACAAGAAAAGCUACAGAUACAACCACAACAACAGCAACAUAUAUUACAAAAACAACAGAAGCACGCACGAAAGAUACUUUAAGCAAUGCGUUGCAGCAAAAAUAUACCACCAACCAGCACCUGCAUCUCUCCGCCAAUAACAGCCACAGCCACAGCCACAGCAACAGCCGCAGCAUGCCAUUAUGGCAAGUAAUAAAAUCUGAUGCUGCAUCAUUGCUGCCUCUUGUGGCGUUUUUACUGCUGCUCGGCUGCACAGCAACACCAACGUUAGCGACGCCCGUUUUCGUCGACAAUCCCAGUUUAGCGCAAUUUCAAUCGGGUAGAAAUAUACGACACUUGCCCUGCAUUGUGCGAAAGUCGGGUCGCUCUGGCAUUUGUAUGUUCGCCAUUGAUUGUAUCAAACAGAAUGGCACACAUUUGGGUACUUGCAUUGAUCGCUUCUAUUUCGGUUCGUGUUGCCAACUGAAGGACGACGCAGCACUUUUCGCGCCCGAAAUUAGCGAUAAUAACAUCGACCAGAACACAAUUUCUCAUUUCCCACACGAAUCCACUACAUUGCCCACCAGUACGCUGUUCAAGCUCACCACCUCCGAUCCACACCACACAGUACAAAGUAGCAGCAACAGCAUUAGCGAAACGGUAAAAAAUGUCACACAAAGUUAUUUGCAACAAAACAGUCACAUUCAUGGCAGCAGCAGCGGCAGCAGUAGCAGCGAUAAGACAAACACCACUCCCGUCAUCACGACAAGUAGCUUGAAGCCAAUUAAACAGACCACAACAACAACUGCACCAAGGCGACCACCCGUACACACCACACACAAAACAUCCCAAUUUGUGGUGCGUACCACAGCCAAGCCAACUGUUGCGCCUACCACAAUAAAGCCACCACGCCGCAAAACUACAAUAGCGCGACCUGUACUCACCACCACGUCGGGAAUACAGGCCGACUCACGCGUUGAAGUGACCACAGAGCCAUCAAAAUUUGUCACAUUCCAAAUAGUAGAGACUACGACAGCAGCGCCGACCGAGGCAAACAACAAAUUAGAUGCAGCAUCCACCACAAAGCGUCCAAUACUCACCACGAGUCGUUAUCGGCCACGACCAACUACAACCGAACCACCUGCACAAUACAUAACAACAACACUUAAGCCAGCUGAGCCGGUUAGAAUAACAACACGACCGAGACCUUUAAUUACACGCCGACCAACUGCAACCAAGAAGCCCUCACAAAGUAAGCCACGUCCAACGGGUAGUUCGAAACCCACCAGACGUCCAGUGGAUAGCGAUGCCAAUGAAGCGGUUAAACCCAUUCUGCUGAAUAUAACUUCCACAGCAAGCGCACCGAGUGGCACAAUACAUCGACGUCCGACACCAACGACGCCAGCACCAACAAUAAGUAAUGACGAACUACCCACCGAAGUACAGAACACCCGAGUGCCUGCGCCUGCUGAAACGGUGGCACAGACGACACACGCGCCGAGACCGCGACCUAAACCUACAGCCGAGAUUGUGAAGGUGCCCAAGCCAACAGCGGGGGUAGGACCUACAACGGUUUCACCGGCGCCAACAACUACAACGACAGCAGCCGUCAUCACAAAGCGACCAAGCACUACGCAAGCGCCGCCCACAAGAACGAAACCAACAACAACAAGUACUACAACAACCACCACAACAACAACAACUACGGCGAAACCACAAAGGAGUACCACAACAACUACAACCACAAGUGCACCCAUUAGCAGCACCACACCACAGUCGGCAACACUCACCACAGAAGCUGCCAAAGUUGAGCCACCACUUGUUGAAAUGACGACCCUAACGCCUGGUCUAAUAACGUGGACGAAUGUGGACAAUGAACCGACCACCAUGAAUGCAACCGUUGAAUGGGCACCAGAACCAACUAUUCUUGAGCAGGAAAUUAGCAAUAAAACUACGGCAACGAUGAGCGGAGCAAAUGAAACAUCUUUUACAACAACACCGCCUGCCACCAGCACCCUCAUAUCCGUUUCGACCAGUAUUAGCGAAGUAAUGAGCAACAUAACCUCAAUAAUGCCCAAGCCGGAACGUCCUUCAUCGGUGGUGAGCACGCGACCGCCAAAGCCGAAGCCCACAAAAACAACAGAAAGUCCUGUACUUAUUACAACGACAACACCAACACCAACUACAAGCACAACCACAACUACCACUACAACGACGCCAAAACCAACUACAACUAGUUCAACUACUACCACUUCAACUACAACUACAACAACAUCAACGACGGAAUCACCUAUCGAAUUGGUGGAUAUUUCUUCUACGACGAGUGCCGAAUUCAGCACAGAAGGUUUCUCUACAACAGGCACUGGCAUUUUUGGCACCACAGAGUACAGCACCGAAGAUUUUAAUAGCACACUGAUGACAACGACAUCGGCGCCGGCUAAUACCCUGGAAGGCAUGGAUUACCGGCAAAUUUGUGGUCGCCGCAUGUUCCCCGAACCACGUGUUGUCGGCGGAUCGAAUGCCGCCUUCGGACGUUGGCCUUGGCAAAUAUCGCUGCGACAAUGGCGCACAUCAACUUAUCUGCAUAAAUGUGGAGCAGCGUUGCUGAAUGAAAAUUGGGCCAUCACAGCGGCGCACUGUGUGGAGAAUGUACCACCCUCCGACUUAUUGCUGCGCAUGGGCGAAUAUGAUUUAGCGGAAGAAGAAGAGCCGUAUGGCUAUCAGGAACGACGCGUACAAAUUGUGGCUUCGCACCCGCAAUUCGAUGCGAGAACUUUUGAGUACGAUUUGGCGUUACUUAGAUUCUAUGAGCCAGUAGUCUUCCAGCCCAACAUCAUUCCAGUUUGUGUGCCUAACAGCGACAUUGACUUUGUCGGCCAAACGGCCUUCGUUACCGGCUGGGGAAGACUCUAUGAAAAUGGUCCGCUGCCGAGUGUGUUGCAAGAGGUAGCUGUACCAGUGAUCAACAACACCAUCUGUGAAUCGAUGUAUCGAGUGGCCGGUUUCAUCGAACACAUACCACACAUCUUCAUUUGUGCUGGCUGGAAGAAGGGCGGCUACGAUUCCUGCGAAGGUGACUCCGGCGGUCCAAUGGUGCUGCAACGUGAGGACGAUAAGCGCUUCCAGCUGGGCGGUGUCAUCUCGUGGGGUAUCGGCUGCGCAGAAGCCAAUCAACCAGGCGUGUACACGCGAAUCUCUGAAUUUAGAGAUUGGAUAAAUCAAAUUCUGCAAUUCUAAGAAAUGUAUAAACGUUCGAGCAGACAGAGCAACUUUGUUAUUGUUCUUGUA